AUGGCGGACGCCGGUGUCUCGAAGACAGACAUUCGCACAGCUAUGUGGAAUCCGGGCGGUUGGAAAAGCUUGUUGACGUUUUUUGUGCUUGCCUUGGCAUGGUUGGCUGGGUUUAGCUCACGUUUAUUCGCUGUUAUUCGAUUUGAAAGCAUAAUCCAUGAGUUCGAUCCUUGGUUUAACUACAGGGCCACACACCAUAUGGUGGAAAAUGGGUUUUAUAACUUCCUCAACUGGUUUGAUGACCGGGCUUGGUACCCUCUUGGGCGUAUCGUUGGGGGAACGGUGUAUCCCGGGCUGAUGGUGACAUCGGGGUCAAUCCACUGGCUCUUACACACUCUAAAUAUACCUGUCCAUAUCAGAGACAUCUGUGUAUUUCUAGCCCCCGUUUUCAGUGGCCUGACAGCAUUGGCAACAUAUUUCCUGACAAAGGAAGUAUGGAAUUCUGGGGCAGGAAUGUUUGCUGCCUGUUUCAUAGCCAUAGUACCUGGGUAUAUAAGCCGGUCAGUAGCAGGCAGCUAUGAUAAUGAGGGUAUAGCUAUAUUUGCACUUAUGUUCACAUAUUACUUAUGGAUAAAAGCAGUCAAAACGGGUGCUUUGUUUUGGGGCAUUUGUUCAGCAUUGUCAUAUUUUUAUAUGGUGUCUGCCUGGGGAGGCUAUGUCUUCAUCACAAACCUCAUCCCUCUCCAUGUCUUUGUUCUGCUGCUCAUGGGGCGGUACUCAAAUAGAAUUUUUGUAGCAUAUACAUCAUUUUAUAUCGUGGGCCUCAUCUUGUCCAUGCAAGUUCCAUUUGUUGGUUUCCAGCCUAUUAGAACCAGUGAACACAUGGCUGCUGCAGGUGUGUUUGCACUACUGAAUGCCUAUGCGUUACUUAAGUACAUGCAGUCACUGCUCACAAAAAGAAUUCAGUACUUGUUUUAUGUGUCGGUGGUUGUGGCUGCUGGGGUGGUCUUUGUGGCUGUGGUCGGCCUGACCUGGGCAGGUGUGGUGGCUCCAUGGAGUGGACGAUUCUACUCUCUCUGGGACACAGGUUAUGCUAAAAUUCACAUCCCAAUCAUCGCCUCCGUCUCUGAACAUCAACCCACAACUUGGGUCUCCUUUUUCUUCGACCUUCACAUUCUAGUUUGUACAUUUCCGGCCGGAGUUUGGUUCUGUAUAAAGGAGAUCAAUGAUGAGCGUGUUUUUGUUAUUCUGUAUGCCAUUAGUGCCUCUUACUUUGCCGGUGUUAUGGUCCGCCUGAUGCUCACCCUAACCCCCAUAGUCUGUGUCCUGGCUGCCAUUGCCUUCUCCAAAACCAUGGAGCUCUAUCUGAAGGAUGACGGACCCAAGCCAUUACAGAAGGAAGAGAAGAACCCAGAGAACAAGAAUGAGCGGCUCUAUGACAAGCCUCAAGUUGGGAAGACAAAGAAAGUGCGCGAGGACAAACCUAAGGAGCAGGAGUCUGUGGGGAUGAACAUAAAGAGUGUGAUUAUCAUAGCCCUGCUCAUGAUGCUCAUGCUGUUUGCUGUCCACUGUACUUGGGUCACCAGUAAUGCCUACUCCAGCCCCAGUAUUGUACUCGCCUCUUACAACCAUGACGGGAGUCGAACAAUUCUUGAUGACUUUCGUGAGGCUUAUUUCUGGUUGCGUCAGAACACUCAUGAUAAGGCCCGCGUAAUGUCAUGGUGGGAUUAUGGGUAUCAGAUAGCAGGCAUGGGCAAUCGGACGACGCUAGUGGACAAUAACACGUGGAAUAAUAGUCACAUAGCCUUGGUAGGAAAAGCUAUGUCCUCCAACGAAACAGCUGCUUACAGCAUAAUGAGGAUGCUGGAUGUUGAUUAUGUCCUUGUCAUCUUCGGGGGUGUGAUUGGUUACUCUGGAGAUGACAUCAACAAAUUCCUCUGGAUGGUCCGUAUUGCCGAGGGAGAGCAUCCCAAAGACAUCAGGGAGUCUGAUUACUUCACCCCACAAGGAGAGUUUCGUGUGGACAGUGCCGGCUCCCAGACUCUCCUCAACUGUCUGAUGUACAAACUCUGCUAUUACAGAUUUGGUCAGCUUCAGCUGGACUUCCGUACCCCGGCUGGUUACGAUCGGACUCGAGGCGUGGAGAUUGGGAACAAAAACUUUGAGCUGACCCAUCUGGAGGAGGCAUACACCACAGAGCACUGGUUGGUCAGGAUAUACCGUGUCAAGGACAUCGCCAACAGGGACAGUAUUAAACCCAAGAAAAAGAGGUCCAGCAAAAAGAAAUACAUAUCUAAAAAGACAAGUAAAAAAAGGAAAGGAUUUAUCAAAGACAAGCCAAAAGUUGUGAAAGGUCAGAAGAAAUCAAAGGUCAAGACUGGUCGACCUUGAACCCAACAGUGCAGGUUGAUGGUUAAGCAAAGAUGUAGGUGUAACCAGGUGAUGCGUAGAGAGACAUGCAGCAGUCCAUCUACCGGGUAAUAAGAUGACCAGUGCUACAGCUUACACCACUGAGCAAAUUUACAGUUUUAAAUAUACCCCUGUGAAGUUAUGUGUAAAUUACGUUUCUCCCCUACCCCGCAACUCUGCUCUCCUAACACAUACAAUGUACUUUUGACUUUACUGGACAUAAAAAAUUUGUUACUUUUUGAAACAUGUAUGUACCAGUACGUGGUAACUAAAAAAACUGUGUAAAGAUCAUGGAUGAGGUUGUUCCUAUCGCAAAUAGAGAUGGCACAGUAAAUGCAUUUAUGUUGGUUUUGACUCUGACCAAUGGGAUCAGUUGUUACCUAGGAUAUAUUGACCAGCACCACAACAAUCAACAGCUUAUACCUCUAAAUGAAAUAGAUGUAUGUCGUUGUGUUGUACAUGAGUUUAUGUAAAUAGAUAAGAUUUAUUGUUAACAUUUGUGUACAUGUAGACUCUUUCAUUUUUGCAUAUGUUUUCAUAAAAAUUGGCUUACAAGCAUAUUAUUUGCUUGGUACUGCUUCAGAGAUUGAACUUUUUGCUGCACUAGUGCGAGGUAUUUAGACUAAGAGUCAACUGUAUCCAAGAAUGACUGUCCUACAAAUUUGCUUUGUUAACACUGCUGAUGCUUCAUUAUUUCAAUACAAUUCCUUGAAAAUUAUUUUGCAUUUCACGAAAAAAAAACCCCGAAAAACCUGUCCUUGCUUUACUUUCCGAGACCUUCCUAUUCACUCCUUUGUUCGUCUCUGAUAGGUGGAGUAGAUUUUAUACUUGUGAUGGUAGGAGCCAGGUUGUAGCUCCAUGCUUGAGCUGUCAGACAGACACUAAAAAUAUAUACAUGUAUGUAGAGCAAUAUUUAUGAAAAUCAAGUAUUUGCUAGGUCUCAUUUUCAUUAUUUUCCAGAUGACAUGUUUGUUGAUUUUGCUGUUGAGGUAUGAUGGGAGAGUUAGGUGUGUCAGUGUUGUAAACAUACAGGGGUGAACCUUGAAUGUGUAUAUGUCAUGUUAUAUGUAUUCUUUCACGGUUGCACAGUGGAUGUAUAUAUCAUAUUGCAGAUGGCCUAAUAAAGCCUUCUCAACAGGA